UCGUUUGGCAAAUUAACAUACACACAUACUUACAUAUGUAAUUAAGUAAAUAGAUUUGUGAAAGUAUUGGAAAAUGUGUUAGCUACUCUGUUUACUGCGGGCUUUGGUGUUGCGGCAUUAUCUGGCGCGCAUUGGCAACCCUAAUCAAGCUACCAAUAUAUGACCUUGCGCUGACAUUGCCGCACAGCUGUGGGUCAAGUCGCAUUCGCACAAACCAAUUCUAUCCAGAAGUUUGUUAGAUACAAUUUGACAAGCAUCAAAAUGGCGUUCAAUAAGCUGAGCAUCGAGAGCCUGGAUCUGGAGGGCAAGCGCGUCCUUAUGCGUGUGGACUUCAAUGUGCCCAUCAAGGAAGGCAAGAUCACGAGCAAUCAGCGCAUUGUCGCCGCCGUGGACAGCAUCAAGUUGGCUCUUAGCAAGAAGGCCAAGUCCGUGGUGCUCAUGUCCCAUCUGGGUCGUCCCGAUGGCAACAAGAAUUUGAAGUACACGUUAGCACCCGUUGCCGAGGAGCUGACCACGUUGCUCGGUCAGAAAGUAAUAUUCCUGAAUGAUUGUGUUGGCGUCGAGGUGGAGGCUGCCUGCAAGGAUCCCGCAGCCGGCUCCGUUAUUUUGCUGGAGAAUGUGCGCUUCUAUCUGGAGGAGGAGGGCAAGGGCGUGGAUGCCUGCGGUGCCAAGGUGAAAGCCAAUGCCGACAAGGUCAAGGAGUUCCGCACCAGCCUGGCCAAGCUGGGCGAUGUCUAUGUGAACGAUGCCUUCGGCACGGCGCAUCGUGCCCACAGCUCCAUGAUGGGCGAGGGCUUCGAGAAGCGUGCAGCCGGCUUGCUGCUCAACAAGGAGUUGAAAUACUUCUCGCAAGCUCUGGACAAACCACCAAAUCCCUUCCUGGCCAUUCUGGGCGGCGCUAAGGUUGCCGACAAGAUUCAGCUCAUUGAGAAUUUGCUGGACAAGGUCAAUGAGAUGAUUAUUGGCGGCGGCAUGGCCUUUACUUUCCUCAAGGUCCUCAACAACAUGAAGAUUGGCGGCUCCCUGUUCGACGAGGAGGGCUCCAAGAUCGUUCAGAAGCUGGUCGACAAGGCCAAGAAGAACAAUGUUCAGCUGCAUUUGCCCGUCGACUUCGUCUGCGGCGACAAGUUUGCCGAAGAUGCCGCCGUCAGCGAGGCCACCGUGGAGGCUGGCAUACCCGAUGGCCACAUGGGCUUGGAUGUGGGACCCAAGACGCGUGAGCUCUUCGCUGCACCCAUCGCGCGUGCCAAGCUGAUUGUCUGGAACGGACCACCCGGCGUGUUCGAGUUCCCCAACUUUGCCAAAGGCACCAAGUCCAUCAUGGAUGGUGUUGUGGCAGCCACCAAGAAUGGCACCGUCUCCAUCAUCGGCGGCGGCGACACAGCCUCCUGCUGCGCCAAAUGGAACACUGAGGCGCUCGUCUCGCACGUCUCCACCGGCGGCGGCGCCUCCCUGGAGCUGCUCGAGGGCAAGACACUGCCAGGCGUUGCCGCUCUAUCCAAUGCCUAAGUGGCGACCGAAAUUAAUACCCAUAAUCAACCAAUCUCUCUGAAUUAUUAAUGUUAAUGUUGUCAUUGCUGCGCCAGACACCGUUUAUCACGUAAGCCCCAAAGUUCAAUAAUAAAGUGAAUAUAUAAGUUAACUAGCUACACAAA